GUGCAGGCGGAAGUGUUUUCACACUCAGCGGGAUGAAAACUUAGACACAAUUUGGUUUAAAUGAUUAUUUGUGUUUAACAAUUUCUUACAAACUCAUCCUCGGUGACGUGGCGUUAAGGUCCCGCUGUGGUCAUCGUCUUCGCACAAUGUCAAGAUGAAGCGACGCGGAGAUGCUGCGGCUGCGCGUCACAAGCUAAAAGAUGCUAACGUUAGCGGCUAGCUGCGACUGUUGCUAUGACAAAAAUGACAGCGACGAGAGAGAAGAAGCCGAAAGCAGGAGCAAGGUGGAACACAAGUGUAAGAUGUGCACAGGGUCAGUGAGGAUGGUCACAGCUGGCUGAGGUUCACCCGCUGACCCAGGAGGUACGAUUCAGAAGCAGCAAGCCGGAGCCAUGACAGGAGAGGGCCGGCCAGAGCGUGGAGGCGAGGCUCUGUUCGAGGACCGGGACUUCCCCUCUGACGACACCUCCCUGCUCUCUGACAGCUCCACGCCCAUCGCAAGGCUGUGUGCAAACAUCACAUGGCGGCGCCCGCAGGAGAUCUGCCAGUCACCAGUUCUCUGCCCUGACAACAUCAGCUUGGGUCACGCUAAACAAGGCUUGUUAGGAGACUGUUGGUUCCUCUGUGCCUGCACUGUCCUGCUCAAGAACAAACAUCUACUCAACAAGGUGCUCCCCCCAGACCAACCCCUGUGGGGUGACAGCAGGUACAGAGGCUUCUUCCAGUUUUGUUUCUGGCGGCAGGGAUAUUGGACAGAGGUGAGCGUUGAUGACCGCCUGCCCUGUAUUAACUCCACUCUCUGCUUCUCAAGCUGCCACUCCCCCACUGCCUUCUGGGUAGCCUUGUUGGAGAAGGCCUAUGCCAAGCUUCAUGGCUCAUACGAGCAACUGUGGGCUGGGCAGGUGUCGGAGGCCCUGGUGGAUUUAACUGGCGGCCUAGCAGAACACUGGAGCCUGGGAGACUUGGGGUCAGAGGAGGAGCAGAGAUUAGUAUUGGACAGUGAACAGGUAGGGAGGCGAAGGCUUGACCUGAACCUUCUGUACCCUGUGAAGGAUGACUGUGUGCUGAGCUGCUCCAUGAACAGCAGCCCUGGAGGUGCCAGUGAGCUGGGUCAGUACCAUGCUCUGACUGUCAUGGAGUGGGUGGAUGUGAAGACGUUGUCAGGGGGCGAUAUACGUCUACUCAGGAUCAGAAACCCCUGGGGAAGGUGCUGCUGGGGAGGGGGCUGGAAAGAGAGUGGUGCAGGGUGGAGCUCUGUUGACCCCAAUUGUGCCUCAGAUCUACAAGCCAGGGUGGCUGAGGGCGAAUUCUGGUUGGAUGAGGCUGAAUUCAUCUCCCAGUUUGAUGAUGUCACAGUGGGGUACCCCAUCAGUGAGGAAGGUCACCUAAAGAGUAUCUAUACAGGAAGUCUCCUGACACACAGCCAUCAGCUGCCUGGUCGGUGGAUAAAGGGGCACUCUGCUGGCGGUAGCCGGAACAGCAGCAGUUACGGUACCAACCCAAAGUUCUGGCUUAAAGUGAGUGAGAGGGGAGAUGUUCUGGUUUCCCUGCUGCAGCAUAGGAAGAUGAGAAACACAGAGAAAAAUGCCCAGGUGCCCCUUGAGGAUACCGAGAACACAAAGCACCAGCACUACCAGGCUACCGCUCUACACAUGUGGAAGGUGGAGAAGAAGCGUUUCAAUCUGAGCCGCAUGUUGAACAAACCUCCGUGUGCUUCGACUCACUGCCACGCCUACGAGCGAGAGGUGGUCCUCCAUGGGCAGCUGGAGCCGGGAUACUACCUGCUGAUCCCCAGCACCUUCAAGCCAGGGGUCGAGGGCCGCUUUCUCAUCAGGGUCUUUUCCUCUUCUUCCAUAUCCCUUAGUGCCCUGAAAAGCCCAGCACCUUCACUGCCAUUAACCGCUGACGUUGACUGGGAGACCUGUUACUUCCGGGGAUCGUGGAUAGAAGGGAAGACGGCGGGAGGAAGUAGGAACUUCCUGUCUCACUGGCAGAACCCUUGCUUCCCCUUUACAGUUUCUGAUGACCAAGCGGUGACAUCAGGGGUUAAUGUGAGAAUUACCCUGCACCAGAGCCGCCCUGACACUGAACUGCACCCUAUUGGCUUCCACAUUUACAAGGUCCUGGAAGGACAAUGUGAACAGGCGUUCUGCAGGGACGAGGAGCCUGCCGCCAGUUGCGUCCCCCACUGUUACACACAGGAUGUCAGUCUGGCCUGCACUCUUCCUCCUGGAGAUUACGCCAUAUUACCAUCCACUUACGAGUCCGACUGCUCGGCAGGCUUCACCCUCAGCCUGGCUCGCCAAAUACGCAGGAAGGUGGUGAAAAGUCAGGAGAGGCUGGGGAGAGCCAUUCAAGAGGUCUCUCACAUCUCCUUGAUGCAAAGCUAGUUCUCUGGGACCGUUGCUGCUCAUCUGACGUCGGCUCACCUCCCUGUGCCUCUUGGCGCGCGAUGAAAGAACCAGCUCUCCUAUCAGACCUCACCAUGCGGCCUCUGUGUGUGUUUGUGUGUGUGUGUUGCAGAAAAGGCAGGCCGAUAGAAAGAUUUAGUGGGAAUGUGUGUGUCGGGAAUCGUAGAAACCCCUUUAUCCUGAACCGCUGAGGCUCAGGGCUGAUGGGCAGCCACACACUCAUCGGCGAUUAGGACAUCAGAGGUUGUCGGUGGGCUGGGCUGCUAAUGAAGUAUGACGGGACUGGCUGGUGUAAACAAACAGCGGCCAUUGAAGAGUGCCGCCACUGCUCUUGCUCAUUCACUCACUGGUGCGCCCGCCGGCCUGGAACAAAGGGCCCUCUCAUGAAGGUCCUCACAGAGGCACAAGGGGUGA